AUGCAUAAAUUCACUGCAAUAUUAACGAGUGUUGGGAAUAAAAGCAUCUCAUUAGCCUCCGGCCAAUCAUAUUCCAGCCAAUCAUACAAUCAAUACAACUGCGAUCACAAUCGGCUCCAGAGAUGUCAACAAGACGUGGUCACAAACAUCCAGGACCUAAGCAAUAGUCAUUCGGGUAGUAGUGGUUAUAGCGGUAUAUCCAGCGGUUACCAGAGCUCUGGUAGCGAUUCAAAUGCCAGAUGCAGCGCAAUUCGACAGAACCUGGACUGUCUAUUGCUGUAUACGCCGGGCUGUAUCAACAGAACAUCGUAUACAUCGGGCAGUUAUGGGACAGUCGGCAGCUCUUACGACACGACCCGUAGUAAUUUCGCCGAUUUUGUCCGUCGGGCUAAAGUCACUCUCGAGCGGUACUGCGAACAGGGAGGCGGAAGCUGGAAGAGUGCCUCCUGUUAUCUACGACAAGACCUUCGAGACUGCGAGAGUCGGUACGGGUUUCAGUCAAACCCGCCGUCGAUGUCGUCCACGGCGUGC